AUGUUGCGUAUCUUAUUGUCGACCGACACCCUCUCUCCGGAGAACAACAACACACUGCUACCAUUCGCCUACGCCGCCCUCUUCCUCCUAGCCUGGACAACAGCCUACCUACUCGGUAGACUUCUCCCCCGAGCCAGGGAGGAACCACUCGCCGACCAAACCCCCCCACUAUUGACACCCCGACGCACUCGACGACUACAACGCCUCCUCCUCCAACGUGCUACCUCUUUUGGAAACCCUACAGGAAACGACCCGGGUUGGUGUUUCCUAACACUAACCUCCAGGGACUUCCACCCCUACCUCAUCGGCAUCGGACCAUACCCAUCGCCUGUCAAGGUCUUGAAUACCCUUCAUCGGUUAGGAGCACCACUACUCCCUGCCCUGGUCACCCGUCAUAGGGGCACAGCACACGUCACCAACACCCCCGGCGCCCACACGGCCACACGACUCUUACGGACGAGAAGGGUAGGAGCCAAACUCAAGAUCGGACAACUACACCACCCCGGCGACUGCGAACCCUUUGAAGUACCAAUACGGCUAUCUCGGAACAAGGACGCGCUCCAGGCGCUGGUGGACACCGGAGCCACCGGAUAUGGGUUCAUCGACGCUUCCUUCGCCAAGGCCCGCGGAUAUACCCUCGAGGAACUCGCGACCCCAAGACAUUUGCAAGUGAUCGAUGGACGAGCCAUCGCCUCCGGAGCCAUCACCCACUGUUGCAAACUCCGCCUCGAGAUGAAUGAUCAUGUGGAAGGGGCCUCCUUGUUUGUCACCAAGCUCGGCGACGUGAAAGUGGUCCUCGGACUCCCCUGGCUACAACACCACGCUGCCGAAAUACGGUUCGCCGACCGAUCCAUCUCCUUCCACGCCGAACGCUGCCAACAGCACACGGCAACUCUCUGGACCUCCACCCUCACCUGCCCCCCAUUGACCGCCUCCGCCGCCACCCUGCCGCCCCCGCCAAUACCCCCGAGACCAAACACCGCCAUCCCCUCGCGCCCGCCGCCGAUACCCCCAAGGCCAGCCACCCCUCGCCGCACGAUCACCUUCCCGAGCCCCAAGUCCAAACUCAUCGCCGUCCCAAUCAACCGAUGA